AUGCAGGUCAACAAGCGUGACCUAACGAACGAAGACCGCGAGGCCAUCCUUCGGGAGAUUCUGCUCCAAAGCAGUACGAAAUCGUUGGCUCGACUUCCGAAAGGCCUUGCGCAGUUGCUGGCAGAGAAGUACAACUGCCAUGCCUCAACCAUCCGGCGCGUAUUCGCCCGAGCGAAGGAGCAAGGAGUUGCUGUGGGCAAUAUGAAGGUUUCCGUUGCGAGCAAAAAGCAAGGCCGCGUGGGUAGUAAGGCGGCAUUCACCCCUCGGGUGGUGAAGGAAAAGAUUUUGCGUGUUCCACUAGCCCAACGCACAACGCUUCGAUCAAUCUCGGAGCACACAGGAAUUAGCCGUGGAUCACUCCAUAGUUACCUCAAAAUGGGUCUUUUUCGAUCGCACUCAAAUGCUAUCCGCCCCAAAUUAACCGAGGCCAAAAAGUACAGCCGCAUGAAGUUCGCUUUCGAUUUCGUUCGGGCGAGCAUGGAAUUUGACGACAUGAUGCACUACGUCCAUUUGGACGAGAAAUGGUUUUACCUUACAAAGACAACCCGCCGGUACUACCUCGUGUCCUGGGGAGACAGAACCACAUAG